GAGAUAUAAUUCCUUUUGGCUUGGCUAGUUUUUCGUAUUUUUGUUUUAGCGUCCGGAUGCGUCCUAUUUAAAUGGUAUAGUCGUAUAUAUUUAUACACAUACCUAAAAAUUUAAGAAGUAGACAAAAUAAAAUUGCAAGCACGAGCGUUAAUAAAUUUUACAGAACUGCAUAGUAUAAUAAUGAUAUAUUUCAUUCUAUUGUGCACAAUAUCUGUGCAAUCGGUGCUUUCGUACCAGAUUCACAAAUAUGGGGAAUUCGAUAAGUUAUAUGAUGCCUCUCAAAUUACACAUAAAGACGACUAUGAAGUGGUGGGGAUUAAACACUUGGUUCAUAAAAGAAGUUCUAAUGAUAUUAUUAUUCAAACUGAAAUUAACGGAAUCGACAAGAAACUUUAUUUGAAACCAACGAAAGGUUUUUUUGCUGGUAAAAGAACAAAAGUUUGGUUAGCGAAAGUUGAUCCAAAACAGCCGGACAAGUUUAUUUAUACUCCACGUUCAGGGAUAAUGGAGAAAGUGGGUACUUUUUAUCAAGACAGGAAAACUUCGACGACACUUUUGCACAAAAUUGACAGGCAGGGCAGAUCAACGUUUACUGGUACAUCUGGAGAGUAUGUGAUAAGGCCACUACCUGAUUAUCUUCUACAUGUAGAGUCCACGUCUACAAAUAAUGAAAAUAACGAAACAUUGGUAAACACUGUAAAUCAUAUGAUUUACAAACAAGACAUUCAGGAUAAUGAAAACCCUUAUGAACAACGUACUUUCAACAAAAAUAUCUCCAAGCGUGAAGUUUAUGCUAAAUCAGAAUCAGGUGAUCCAAAAAUCAUUUACCCGGAAAUCAUGAUAUUCGUUGAUGAUACACUGUUCUCACGUUUCAAUAAAAACGUCGAAAAAACAGUGGAGUACAUACUUUCCCUAUGGAAUGGUGUUGACCUAAGGUACAGAGAUUUUAAGAAUCCGGAAAUAUAUUUAAAUAUCGCAAGGAUAAUUUUAGUGGAGGGUCCUUUGCCCUUUGAAGACAAUAUUCUUGCGCCCGAUGACAGAAAUAAAAUGUUUGACGAAAAGGUUUUGAACUCUUUCGGAAACUUUUUGUACAAUGAGGAUAGAAUUGGAUUUAAAAGAGACUACGACGUGGCUAUAUUAAUGACUGGAAAGGAUUUAAUAAAUAUGAAUUACAAAACUACGACAACUGGUAUUUCAUUUGUAGGCGGCGCUUGUAAUAAGACAGCAUCGGCCUAUAAGAUUAAAGCUGUAGGAGUAAUAGAGGACAACGGUGGUUUUAAGGGAAUUAAAGCAGGAGCACAUGAAUUAGCUCAUUUAAUCGGUGCUCCACAUGAUGGCGAUGCAGCAUCGUCUUUCGGUGGACCUGGAGCUGAAACAUGUUCAUGGGAUCAUGGUUACCUAAUGAGCUAUGAACGUCUUGACAGGAAGCAAUUCGAGUUUUCUUCAUGCAGCAAACAGUCGAUCACUUACUUUACCAGUCUAGCUCGUGCUGAAUGUCUUCGCAAUAAUCCUGCUGAGAAAAUGGGAACUGAAAAACUAACCAGAAUAUUGCCUGGUAAACUAGUGUCACUAAAUGAUCAAUGCAGAAAAAGUGGAUUCUAUGCAGCACUUCAUAAAGAUGCAAGCGUGUGUCUUGAUUUGUGGUGUUUGGAAAAACCGGUUGGAUUUAAAGGAAAGAUGACUUAUCAGUCAACCCAGGCUGCUGCUGAAGGAUCAUAUUGUGGUGACGGCAUGUAUUGCUUGGACGGUGAAUGUGUCGAAGAAACGGAUACAACUUAAAUCAUUUUCUUCUGACAAAAGACAAAUGAGAACUUGUAGGAUUUUUCAGUUUACUCAAAUACUCUCUAAAUUGUUCUAAUUUACAAAUAAAUUUUAAUAUUCUGAUAAA